GAGCUUUUUUGGCCUCAUUCCGUCCACUGGACAGCCUAUAAUUUGUCUUGUCCGCGUCAGCCCCAAAGUACCCGGAUGGUGGGGACCUGCGGGGCGGGAAAGGCGGUCGGGGAGCCGGGCCUUGAGUGAGGAGGGCAGAAAUAUCACUCCGUUUCAUCCGGGAGGCAAAGAAGAGGAGCAGCUUCGGCGGCAGCAAGCAUCGCCGCCAUUUUCCAUCAGCGAAUAGACCAACAGCCCUGCCACGGCUGCCUGCCAAGCAGACCCAGUUACAAGAGCCAGAGGGAUGGUUGUAGUCACGGGGCAGACCAAAGCGUGUGGACACCUGGGCGAUGCCAUGUCGAGCUCAGAUGCAGAGGAUGAUUUUCAAGAGCCUGCCACUCCAACAGCAACCCAGGCAGAGCACUCCCUGCCCCUGCUUCCUCAGCAGUUCCCUGAAGUGAUUCCACUAAAUGUUGGAGGCACCCAUUUCAUGACCAGGCUGUCAACCCUGCGACGUCAUGAAGACACCAUGUUGUCAGCCAUGUUCAGUGGCCGGCAUUACAUCCCAACAGAUGCCGAGGGCAGAUAUUUUAUUGACAGAGAUGGAACAUUCUUUGGAGACGUCCUUAAUUUUCUACGAUCUGGUGACUUACCUCCAAGAGAACGAGUGAGGUCUGUUUACAAGGAAGCUCAGUAUUAUUCCAUUGGCCCAUUGCUAGACAGUCUAGAAGAGCUCCAGCCCCUGAAAGGAGAGAAAGUCCGGCAGGCUUUCCUGGGCUUAAUGCCCUAUUAUAAAGAGCACUUAGAGCGAAUCAUUGAAAUAGCGAAGCUGCGGGCAAUGCAAAGGAAAGCUCGAUUUGCUAAGCUAAAGAUCUGUGUCUUCAAAGAAGAGAUGCCUAUCACGCCCUACGAGUGCCCACUUUUCAACUCCCUCCGUUUUGAGAGGAGUGAAGGGGAGGCCAAGCUUUUUGAGCACCACUGUGAGGUGGAUGUUUCCUUUGGGCCAUGGGAAGCCGUGGCAGAUGUGUAUGACCUUCUCCAUUGCAUUGUGACGGACCUUUCCAAUAGGGGCAUCACAGUGGACCACCAAUGUAUUGGGGUGUGUGACAAACACUUGAUUAACCAUUACUAUUGCAAGCGCCCAAUCUAUGAAUUCAAGAUCACAUGGUGGUAGGCCCUUAGCACAAGGAGCAUGAAAGAGAGCAGGCUGGUGUGUAACCUUCUUUGUGUUUUACCAGUCUGAGUUCUAUGAACUGUGGUAUUGCUGAUGUGUGUUGGAAUCUGUCUUAUCUUGCAGGAGAAUUUGUCCUCCAAUCCUAGCUAUGGAGCUCACUGGAAUUUGCCCUACGCUUCUUGCUUCAAAGAAGAAAAGUCCUCCUAAAUGGAAGCAUGUUAAUGUGGAUACUACAGAAUAGUCACAGGCAUAGUAAGAGUGGAGGAUCGUGUUGCUUACAGAGCAUGCAGAGGUUUUUAAAGGGCUCUUAUACACUGCUGACCUCCACAGUCCAACCCCCUCACUCGCUUUGCACUGCUUUGCAAAAGUGGAUCUUGCUGGGGUGGAAAGGAUCAAAGGACCUGUUUCUGCAGAGAGACUCAGUUGGCUGUUACGUAGCCACCUGGUGGCAGAAGUAUAUAGCAGUACUUUAUUUUAUACAACUUCCACUUCUGCUGGCCUCAUGAUUUCAUUGUUACAACAUUUAGAACAAAAGAAUGAAGUAUCUCUGAAUGGUGAGGUGAUUCAGAAGUGAUUUUUAAAAAAGAAAAUGGCUGAAAAUUCCGUAAGUCUGUGUUUAAAGUUACUGUUUUAACUAUAAAUCUGCACUGGGGUAAGUGUAGAUGUGUUGAAAUUUAAUUUAUUUCCAUCUUCCUGCUAAGAAAUGAUAAUUUCAUUUGUUGGAUGUGUCAUGGUUUCAUCAGGCUGUUUAGAUUACAUUCUUCAUAAAAAAAAUUAUUUACAAAAAUGAAUUGUGCCUGCUCUUUACAUUGAGAGCUUUACCUAUUGACAGCAUUUAAAUACAUGUUUCUUUGCAGAGAUGGGUCUUUUUGCUGAGACCAAUUUAUAUUCUGAAACUGAGCCAACCACAGUGGCUUAUGUUCUAAUAUGAAGGUUAGAAGAAGAGGAGGCAUGAAAAAUAGUUGUUCUCCUGGUCCAAUAAUAUUCACUGUGUUUCUUCAACUGCUAAGCUAUAGUGCAGUUUCUUGAAUUUGACUGAUCGUAAUGUGAAUUCAGUUAUAUCGGUUUGUAAACUAUGGUUAUGGAUCAAUGUGUUGCACUAAUUCAGCCAAUCACAGCUUACUUAAAAGUGAUAGGUAAAAUAUGGCUUAGCACAAUGUGUAAAUUCAAUAUAGGCGAGAUGUUAUAUUGGGUUUGACCAAAAUUAAGAUGGAUGAGCUAGCAGCAUGUGCUCAUUUUCUGUACUCUGAAAUCAUUUUACCUGACAAACAGAAAAGUCUUGCACCAUCCUUAUGGUAUUGGAUUGGACCAAUAGUUGCUAUCCUUUCGGAGAUCUAUGGUGGAGGAAAAGAGGGUGUCUUCUGAUGUAUCAGCCCUCCCAGAUAGUUGUCAGUGCAACAGCCCUAGAACUGAGGUGACCUAUGUGGCAAAUCUAAAAUUUGUCCAGAAGAACCUUAAUAUACUUAAUUAUUAAAAUUCCUUUAGCAAUGGUAUCACAAUAGAGUGCUUAGAGAUAGGAUACUGCACGUUGCUGCAACUUGGAAUUAUUCAGAAAAAACUGUUCCUCAGAAAUGAUUUAGGCUGCAAUCCUAAAAUAUAUAAUCAACACUUCUGAACAUAGUAGGCUUACUUUUGAGAACAUAGGAUUAUUAUUUUCCUAGAACUAUGCUGAUUUUGUGAAUUUAAAACCUUCUCUCCUCACUGCCCUUCAGUACAAAUAAGUUGACAUUUAUGUGAAUAAAUGAGAUAAUCAGGAUAUAAAUGCUUUACAUAAAUAAUGUGUAAUCCUUAAUGUAUUAUAUGGUUUUAAUAGUUUCCAUUAUGAAUAUUCUUUAUACACUUAAAUAAUUUUACUCAUUAUGAUCUUUUUGUGCAGUCCUAUAUAUAAGUGUGGGUUUCAGAUAAAUGUGUAUAAAAUUGCAGCCAAACUGCCAUUUGAAAAAAAAAAGAAUGAUAUCUAAUUGGAAUGUGAAAGUUACUAUUUAUUUUGAAAUGACAAAGAAUGCUAAGACAAAAUGUGAUUCCCCUCAACUCCUCAUGUGUAAACUGUAUUGAGUAUGUUAUGUGUCAGUAUUGUGCAAUAAAUUAUCUCACUACCUAA